UGUUCACUGGCUGUUUAGCAACGAUUGCAGGUAUAAACAAAUAUGGCGGCUAUUGUCAAAGUUUGUCACGUUCAAUGAUUAAUUCGGCUUACGAUGUGUGUGAAGAAAUUGAUAUUACUUUUAAAAAAUACAUCAACAGUAUUUUAAGUAAAGACAAGAUAACCACGAUCUGGUCACGUUGACGCACAUGGAUGUAUGGAUUGUUUACAGUUGCAUAAUUGUAUCGCAUUUUUGCAAGGCUUGGAAAACGGCGCGAAAUUUGAAAGAAGAAAAUAAAAGAUACCAAUGUUGGUUCGACAGUUCUGGUGCUCACGAGAAACCUUGAACGUGUACAAUCAUCGUAAAGUCAGACAAAGUCUUCGAAGUAUGAUAAAAUCCUGAAAGAAUGGCGGACGAUCCAAAUCGAGAUCUUUUGCCUGUAAAGGAGGGAUCUUGCAUCGAUACAUGCCGUAGUGUUAUAGAUCCCAAGGAGCGUCAUUUGGUAUGCAAGCUCGAUCGAUAUCAGUUGGAGGACAAGUAUUUACGGCUACUCGAGGAAGCAAAUAAUUUGAAAAAAUUGUCAAAUUGUCAGGAAGAUAAGAUCAAACGACUGGCUACGAAAUUAAUGAGAGUAGCUGCUAACCCAAGGGCGUGCGUUUCUUUUGGUUGCGAUGCUAAAACCAAAGCAACGGCUCUCGAGAUCGAGAACUCCAAGUUAAAAAAUAAAUUAUCCGUAUUGAGGAGUCAACUGUUGAGUCAUACAAUGAGCGGUGUAUCGCCAACGAGAAGUCGUCGGCCUCCCACAAGACCAUCCUCGGGACUCAUAACGUGUCGAAGCGAGAACAGCCGUAUAAGGGCACCAUCCUGCCAGUGUAUCGUUCAAACAAGAAACGAAGAUAAUGAUGUACAAAAUUAUCUCGUUAAAAUCGAGGAAUUAGAAACGCAGAAAAAAGAAAUGUCCUGCCGUAUAACGCAGUUAGAGAAGGAACUUGAAACUUAUGUAGUAAAUAAUCAGAGGAAGAAAGUAGUUGAGAACAUCGAGUAUAUAAAGGUCUGGCGGCAAAUGAAACAGUUGAGCGACAAAUUGAUAGCUGCUCAGAAUACGAACGAGUCGUUGAACUUACAAAUCAACGACCUCAAAAAAACCCUCGAAGAGACAACAAAAAAUAAUCAGGAAAUAACGGUAUCUCUAAUGGCAGAAAAAAAACGAAUAGCCGAGAUCGAUACGCAAAUAAUAAAAGCAAAAGAUUCACAAUUGACGUUACGCGAAAAAGAUGAACAGAUAAGAGAUCUAAUGAAUGAGAUGAAAAUUUUGCAGCAACACAAUAACGAAUUAAUAACAUUGAGCUCCAAAUAUGGUCAAGUUGAAUUAGAGAAUGUUGAAUUGAAAAAAAAAAUUUCCCAGCAAUUUACCGAUCAGCAAACUUUAAAAGUAGCGUUUAAUACUGAACAAGCUAAUAUUGCUGCCCUACAAACGGCUAACGAACAAUUGUUAAAUAAACUUCAGUAUUUACAGAAAAAUAUGGACACCUUAACGAUCCAAUUAGCGACCAUUCAAAAUGAUAAUAAAAAGAACGAAUCAAGUAGCAAAGCAGAAUCGCCUGAUGGUUGUAUUAAUGUUAAGACUAUUCAUACAAAAGAAUUAUCUUCUUCUCCCAAAAAUAUGAUAUCGUUAACAGAAAAAUGUAAAAAAUGUUGCGAAGCGUUCGAGAAGAUCUUACAGCUUGAAAAAGGUGUGAAUACAAUACGGCAAGGUUUGACAUGUUUGGAUAAGUGCGUACAAACGGAUGUCGUGCGUAGUACGACUUUUAUCAAGACGAAAGAAGCAAGUACUUCAGUGAUGACUUCUACGGAUGAGCGAUCCACGACGAAGGAACAAGUAGUUGAAAAACGUCAGGAGAUUGAUCAAGUAAUACAAGAAGAGAAGAACCCUUUGUCACGCGAAAAGAUGUUAAAAUUAUUGGAUCAAGCGCAGAUCAGUACGCCAUUGAAGACAGGAAGAAUUGGUCAACUGGAUGUUUCAUCUGUGGUCGAUUGCGAAGUCAUGCAAGAUUUUAGCCAAAGACACAGGCAAGUGGUCACCCUCGAAAAGCUGCUCUUUGGUGAUUCUAACUAUAGAAAGCUUCUUGAUUAUAUAAUUUAUAUUAACAAAAUAUGUCAGGGCCUAUCAAGUCGCUGUGCCUUAUUCUACCAACCGAGAGACGCGGAUGUGGCAGAUCACGUGCAAAAAAGAGAUUUAACAAAUUUACUCGCAAUGCUUGGCGACGUACUUCGCGAAGAACGCGCUUUGUCAAAAAAUUGUUCGAUCCACGCUCAAGAACGUAAUAUUUUGUUUCGAAAUCCACAAUUAUGCGACGAGAAACAAUUUACAAAAGAUGUACAAACGGAUAUUAACAAUAACAAUGCAAUUAAUUGGCCCGUUGAUGUAGGCAUGCAAUUUAACACACAUUUGACUGUUAAGGAUUCGCGAUGCGAAGAUAGCAAUGAUUUAUCUUCGCGGAGUAUGAAAAACUGUAGCAUCAAAAGAUCUUGUAAUCAAAAUAAAUCGCAAAAUCAUAGUUGUUCAAAAGUAAAAAAUUAUGAAACACGAAAUCAAGUGACGAGAUUCACAGAAACCGGCGAAUGUACUUGUACCGAUUCGAAAAGAUGUCACGCGGAAUCGGAUUGUGGUUAUUUUUGUAGUGGAAAUUAUUCAAAAGAAUCUUACAAAAAAUAUAGCGACAAUGUGAAAAAUCCGAAUGUAAAAUGUUCAUCUACGUCGCCAAUUAAAAUAAGUGACAAUAAAUAUCCGAGAAAAGCCGUCGACAGAGCUUAUGCGGAAUGUUACGUCGAUGAUAUUAAGAAUUGUUUCGAAUCCUGGAAGAUAAAUAAAUCAGCGCAGGAAGGUGAAGCUUUUGCUAACGAUCAUCAAGAUUUACAAAGUUAUGUCGAACACUUGGAAAAAUGUAAAGAGUUUCUGGACGAAUGUAAUUUGAAAAAUACAAGGAGAAAUCGUGUUAAUAACGUCUCGAGUCAUUUACGAUGUAUGGAAGUAAUGAAGUUACCUCGUUCAUGGAACAUGCCCUGUCAAAUGGAGAAUCAAAUAAAGCCGACAAUAAAAAGUGGAGAACAAUUACGUUGCGAUGAUAAGUGUCCAAACGAAUGUAUCGAGGUAACACCUUAUUCGACGAAGUCAAUACCUUUUUUGAUUACAAAUGGUCAAGGUCUUGUGGAAAUUCAUGUUAUCUCUCUACAGUUAGCUACAUCCGUUACAAUUUUUUUUCAAGAGGAAAAUCUUUGCAACGUGUCCUUAUUCAUUAGUUGGAACAUUUGGGGUCAAGAGACAGUUCGCACACCAACAUUGAAAUGCUCGAAGUUAAAUUUCAAUUCCUCCUUCGUUUAUCAUAUACCAAAUCUAUUCGUAUUUUUUAAUUGCGUAUUGUCGGAGUAUGUAAUAUUUCAGGCGAAUGUCGUUGAACAAAAUACAACGGCUUAUUCCGUUGCUAGAGCUAAAUUGUGUAUCAAAGAUAUACUUGAUUAUCCACAAAAUAAGUUACAUUAUAUCGCGCCUAUGAACAGCGUUAUAGCUUGUACACUUGGUACAAAUUUUGGACAAUUAUCAUUAUGGGUGAGAUUGAGCUGUGACGUCGAACAAGUUGAUGCAUUCAAAAAACAAUGCGGUUUGUUUCCGCAAAUGGAACAAAUAGGAAAGACGUCUUUUCAAGAGUAUCCUUCUACGAUGCAAGAAGAUAGUUCCACAUAUUUUUGUGCUAGUUAUAUUUCAAUUAAUUUAAUGCAACUGAUACAUGACAAGAAAGAAAUUAAAAAUUUGACAAAUUCAGUCAUUGGACAGAACGACAAUAAAUUGGUUAACGACACAAAUAACGAUGGCUCAUCUGACAGCGAGAUAAUUUAUAAACCAGUAACUACGGUAAAGAAAGAAGAAGAAGAAGAACGGGAGAAGGCAAAGAAGACGAGUCGAGACAAUACACCAUUGGAAAAGGAUACGAUCGUAAUCCAGAUAGCAAGUGUAAAUCUAUUUGAAAAUAGUUCAGUGAUGCGCGACGAUGAUGUGCAUUUGCUUUACGUGGAAUAUUCUUUUCUUGGAUACCGUGGUGCUGAUAUGGAAACGGAAUCAUUACCAAAACCAAAAAUACCUAGAAAACCAUUGAUUUAUAAUUUUACAAAAACAUUCCCAAUAGACGAGAAAUAUCACGCCAUCGAAAGAAACACAUUGCGAGCUAUGUUAGACGAGUCUAUCAAUCCAAAUAUCAAAUUUAUUUUAGUGAGCGAACCACUUCCUGAAGAAACAGAUACUAAAGAUUGUAUGGAAAUCGGGUACGCAUAUUUUAAUAUAAGAGAAUAUGCUCUGGGUGACAAUAAUCAAAGUAUAACGUUGCCAAUCUCAAAUCCAGCACAAACUGAACGAAUAGGUGUAAUAACGCACAGCGUUACAAACAGUUUCUAA